AUGGAUGCAGGUACAAUAGAAGAACGUUACAUGAAGAUUACCAAAAAAUUCUUGUUACUCAGUGGAAUUUGGCCUGGCCAGAAUCAAUACGUCCAAGCCAUAUGUCGAUUUAUUAUAUCUGUUGUUACUGUAAUAUCAAUUAUGUCACAGAUAGAAUUAUAUCGUAACUGCUACGAAUACUAUCGAUUACAGAUAGAGAGAGUAGUAUCCUAUUUCAGCCUCGAUGUGGUAGUAGAACAGCUUCCAUUUUUACUUGCGUCUUGCUUGGUACUAGUGAAACAGGGCACUUAUAUCGUAAACGACUCAAAACUUAAAACGUUGUUGACUGGGAUGUCUAACGACUGGAAUAUGGACAGACCGAAAGAGGAACUUGCUAUUAUGACGUCAUACAUGGACAGGGGUGCCCUUUUCGCUAGAAUUUAUUCGGCGAAUGCAUACGGCACCACAGUUCUGUUCAUUCAAAUACCAUGGUGGCCACGCGUCGCCGAUAUAAUAUUGCCAUUAAAUACCUCUCGACCUCGAGCGUAUAUUAUUCCAGCUUCUUUCCCCAUCGACGAGGACAAGUACUAUUAUUGGAUAAUAUUGCAAAUGACUUUAGGAGUUUUAGUUUUGACGUGUGUGUACGUUGCCUGCGAUACUUGCUUCAUAUACUCCGUGCAGCAUGCUUGCGGACUAUUUGCGACAUCUGGAUUUUUGAAAGAAGUCGAAGAUAUUCACUUUGGUUAUCUUUUGAUCUGUUUGGGUAUUAUAACCGGAGCUUUCAGUGGUACACUGGCUUUGAUGCCACUUUCUCAGCUAUCGAGGUUGAGCAUUUGCAUGCAGUUCUAUCAGUGCGCUGGAUUCUUGGUUGUGCAAUUGAUUCAUCUAUUUUUCUUGACGAUUCAAGGACAGUUUGUGAUCGACUCGAACUGGAAGGCCUAUAACGAAAUGUGGAACUGUGCCAUUUACAGAUACGACGGGUUAUGGUACCACGCAGAACCUAAAAUGCAAAUACCGUAUAUGCUCGCGUUAAGGGCAACCAUAAGUGCUCCCCAAAUAACAGCUGGUCGUCGUAUUCCAAUGAAUCUGGAAACAUUUGCAACCAUGAUGAGGGUGGUACGCUAUUUCAGCCUCGACGUUCUAGUAGAACAACUUCCAUUUUUGUUUGCCGCGAUCUUGAUACUCGUGAAACAUACCACUUACGUCGUAAACGAUGCAAAGCUGAAGAAGCUGCUAACUGGGAUGUCUGACGAUUGGAAAAUCAAUAGAUCCAAAGAGGAAGUUGCUAUUAUGGCGUCGUACAUGGAUAGGGGUGCUUUUAUCGCGACAAUUUAUAUAGGAUUUGAGUCCUUAACUCUCUCCCUGCUUAUGUUACAUCUGGUUAUAUGUUUAUUACCGAAUGCAUACUGCACCUUAUUUCUGUUUAUCCAAUUACCAUGGUGGCCACGUAUCGCCGACAUACUGAAGCCGCUAAAUACUUCUCGACCUCGAACGUACGUUCUUCCAGCAGCUUUUCCCUUCGACGAGGACAAAUACUAUUACUGGAUCAUAUUACAAAUGACAAUUGGAAUUGUAUGUACAGUGUUCGUGUACAUUGCAUGCGACACGUGUUUCGUCUACAUCGUGCAGUAUGCUUGCGGAUUAUUUGCAAUAUGUGGAUAUCGUUUUAAAGAAGCGAUCAGAGAUGUGCCUGCAGGGAGCACCAUUUCAGACCUGUCUACCGAAACGUACAGGAGAGUGUGUCGCUCUGCCGAGGCUCACAAUCGUGCAAUAACAUUUCUACAAGAAAUCGAAGAUAUUCACUUCGGAUACCUCUUGAUCUGUUUGGGUAUUAUAACCGGAGCCUUCAGUGGUACACUAGCUUUCCUAUCGACAAUGAAAAUUGGCGAGAGGUUUUACCAGUGCAUUGGAUUCUUGGUCGCUCAAUUUAUACAUCUGUUUUUCUUGACGAUUCAAGGACAGUUUGUGACUGCCUCGAAAUGGAAGGCCUACGAUGAAAUAUACGACGGGUUAUGGUUUAAUGCUGCACCUAAAACGCAAAUGUUGUACAUGCUCGCGUUAAGAGCAACCCUAACAUCUCCUGAACUAACAGCUGGACGUCGAAUUCCAAUGAACCUGGAGACCUUUGCAAGCAUUCUAAAAGCAUCCGUUUCGUAUUUUACGAUGCUGAAGAGCACGUAA